AUGCUUCUUUUCUACUUUCUGAGCUUGUUUGUGACAGCUAAAGCAGAGCUUUUGUCAGGCUCCUGCAGCUUUCAGGACAGCAUAUGUGACUAUAUGUUCGACUUCCACCCGGCCUUUCUUAGCUGGACCCUCAAAUCUUCCGGACUCUUCAUCACAGUCAAAGAGCACGUCCAGGAGGACCAGGGAAAGGGAAAGGCAGUUCUUUUCGGUCCAGAUGUGGAGCAACGGGACUGGAGCUGUUUCAGGAUGGUCUAUCAGGUCACAGGCAGCGCCUCCCUGCAGGUGCAGAAGCGCACAGAUGUAGAGAGUUUCGAUGAGGUGCUCUGGAUGACCCAAAGCCCAUUUGAUCGCCAGCUUAUCGCCAGCAUUGACCUUCAGAACUCCACCGAAACUUUAAAGAUCGUCAUUGAAGGCAAACUAGAAGAAGAAGGCAGCAGUGUGUCCAUCUUUGAGAUCAAGAUCUCUGAUAAAUACUGUAUAGAGUGUGACUUUGAAGAAGAUCACCUGUGUGGCUACACUAACGAGUGGAACAGAUAUAUGAACUGGCGUGUGGGAAGAUCAGAUGAUUCUGCACUGAACGAUGGAACAGGUCAGUAUAUGUAUGUGGACUCUAAAAGCUUCCAGGAGGUGGCCAGGCUGGCGUCUCCAAUGACCACAGUGCCCAUGCCGGGCUGCUUGAGCUUCCAGUACCAGCAGUAUCACGCCGGGGACCAUCUGUUCACCCUCUUCAGCAGGGAUCAGGCUGGACAGUAUCAGGAGCUAUGGAGAGCCGAUCUACCGGAGAACAACAACGUGAACUGGAGUCCAGAAACCAGAGUCUGGAGCUCCAUAUCCUAUAGAGGGCUGUCCAGUCCUGGUCCUGGAAGACCAAUGUAAAUGACCAC